AGAAUUAAGACGUGUGUGUGUGUGUGUGUGUGUGUGUGUGUGUGCAUGUGUGUGCACAUGUGCAUGUGCAUAUCUUAUAUUGUGUGACCUUGCUAAACCAUAGGCUUUUGAAGAUUCUUUGGGACAGUCAUGUUGUCUGUCAAUGGACACAAUUUAUUUCUUUUUUCUCAAUCUCUUUGCUUUAUUUCCUUUUAUGGCUAUAUUAAUGCUGAUUAGGAUUCCCAGUAAAAUAAUGAACUACAGAGAUAUUAAGAGUAGACAUUUUUGCCUUAUUCUCAUUCAAGGAAGAAAACUUUCAUUCCUCACCUUCAAGUAUGAUAUUACCUGCAGUUCUGAUUUUUUUUUCCUUUUAUGAGUAGAAUUCAGUUUGCUAAUUUUUUUUUUAAGAUUUCUGCAAUACGUACAUAAGGUAAAUUGGUCCAUAAUUGGUUUUGUUUUUUUUUCCUUUGCCUUUCCCACAUUGUUUCCUGUUUGGCUUAAUCAGGUUAAUUCUCAUUUCAUAAAUAAAGGUGGAAAGUGUUUGUUUCAUCGUCUAAGUUCUGAUACACUGCACUAAUUGCUUCCCAGUGUGGUUGGUCUGUUUUUCCCCCUAUUAACAGAUGGGGAAAUCAUCGCUGAAGUCCUGCAGGUCGCUCAGCUCCUUGUCUGUCCCUACGGAAGCACGCGUUGUUGUUGUGGGUCUAUCCUCAGUCACAUCUCUGGGAUCCAGUCUCCUCCGAAAGUUCCAUGGGGCCACCUGGGCAGCUCAGCAGCCACCUUCCUCUGGGCAGGGUGUGGUCCCCCACAGAACUUCUGGGUUUCCUGAGGUGGACAUUUUUUUCCACUCCAUUUUUUUCUCUGAUGACACUCUUCAAUAUAUCAACAAUCUGUGAGCACCUUUUAUUCAAUAGUACGUACUGCACAAAUAUAUAUGAACAAUGUACCCUAUCCUCAAGAAAGAAAAAAUGAAAACAUCCCGCUAUAAUAUAAAUUAGAAAGAAAUGUCUUAAAAGACUAAAAUGCUUGCUAUUGAGGGAAUUUAGUAGCAACUGCCAAGAUUGCUAUUUGCUAAAUAAAAUGAAUAUUUAUUGAAAGCCUGUUAUUUGGCAAGGAAUAAAAAAUCCUUUAUUGAGAUCAUCUCCUUUCAUCUUUAGGAAACCUCUGACAAAAACUAUUAUUGUCUCCAUUUUACUGACACAGAAAAUGAACAUAGUACCACAUAGAGAUCUGAGAUUUGAAUCCAGUUCUGCCCGAUUCUAAAUAAAGCUUACAUUAUUUACUAGAUUAUAAAACCUGUUACGAAAGUGAAUUAGAGGCAUUUGACUUCUGAGCUAGUGCCGGGGAUCCCGUGAGGAGAGAGACGCAGGUGAGGUAGCUGACGCCUCAGCCACCGGGCGACUCCCGGAAUCUAUCCUAUCUGCUGAAUGACUAUGGAAGAGUAUACCAAGAUAGAGAAAAUUGGAGAAGGUACUUAUGGAGUUGUAUAUAAGGGUAGACACAAAACUACAGGUCAAGUGUUAGCCAUGAAGAGAAUCAGACUAGAAAGUGAAGAAGAAGGGAUUCCCAGUACUGCAAUUUGGAAAAUUUCUCUAUUAAAAGAACUUCGCCAUCCAAACAUAGUCAGUCUUCAAGAUGUGCUUAUGCGGGAUUCCUGGCUGUAUCUCAUUUUUGAAUUCCUUUCCAUGGAUCUCAAGAAAUACCUGGAUUCUAUUCCUCCUGGGCAGUUCAUGGAUGCAUCACUUGUUAAGAUAUAUACACAUGAGGUAGUGACACUCUGGUAUAGAUGUUCAGAAGUGCUGCUGGGGGCUGCUCGUUACUCUACUCCAGUUGACAUUUGGAGGAUAGAAACCAUUUCUGCAGAAUUGGAAACUAAGAAACCACUUUUCCAUGGGGAUUCAGAAAUUGAUCAGCUCUUCAGGAUUUUCAGAGCUUUGGGCACUCCCAACAAUAAAGUGUGGCCAGAAGUGGAGUCUUUACAGGACUAUAAGAAUACAUUUCCCAAGUGGAAACCUGGAAGCCUGGCAGCCCAUGUCAAAAACUUGGAUGAAAAUGGCUUGGAUUUACUCUCGAAAAUGUUAGUCUAUGAUCCUGCUAAAUGGAUUUCUGGCAAAAUGGCACUGAAUCACCUGUAUUUUGAUGAUUUGGAUGGUCAGAUUAAAAAGAUGUACGUUUCCAAUAAAGAGCUUCCACAUUAUAAUCUAGGAUGA